GUCAGCCCGGCACUUUGUGAAAGGAGCCGCUGUUGCACGGAGCGAGCCGGACUCGGCUCACCAGAUUGCGGCAGCAGUGUUUGGAGCUAUUCUCAUUGCUGCCAGCAAAACUUGAUGCUGUCCAUUCGGGAUACCAGCGGCAUCCGAGAACUUCCCGACUGCUG